AUGUCAAGGUCCAAGCUCCCACUGCUCCUGUAUGGGAUCCUCCUGUGCAGCUCCUUUGCUCCUCUCCCAGUCAUCAGCAUUAAGAGACAGACCAUACAGAGCGCAGUGUCGCUGGUUCGGGCCAGCAGCAGCUCCUGGGACAAGAGAGAGGUGACAGCCAGAGAUGGAGAAUACCUGCUGGGGAUAAAAAGGCUGAGAAGGCUUUACUGUAAUGUGGGCAUUGGCUUCCACAUUCAAGUCUUACCCAAUGGAAAGAUCACAGGUGUGCAUAAUGAGAACAGAAACACCCUUCUAGAGAUUUCCCCUGUGGAGAGAGGAGUGGUGACUCUGUUUGGGAUGAGGAGCGGCCUCUUCAUCGCCAUGAGCAACAAGGGGAAACUCUACGGCUCGGGCCACUACAACGAUGAGUGCAAGUUCAGAGAGAAGCUACUGGCCAACAACUAUAAUGCCUACGAAUCAGCUGCCUACCCUGGCAUGUACAUUGGCCUCAGCAAGACCGGCAAAACCAAGAGAGGAAACCGGGUCACACCCACCAUGACCAUGACACACUUCCUGCCCAGGAUAUGAAACUCUCACCAGGACAGAGCCAAGUUAAAGCUACUGUCUGGUCAGACCAGGAAAACUCUGCUGCAAUCUGAAAUGUUUCUGCCC